AUGUCAGCCGUCGCCGGAGACCACCAAGUCAAUGGAAAGCCCGAAGAGAUCCCGAAAAAGUGCCUCUUCUGCUCCAGCCGUCAACAUCACUCAUGGGAGUGUUUCCGGUACGAAACUCCAUAUCAGAAGUUUAGCAGGGUCCAGAUUCUUGGACUCUGCUUCAGAUGCUUCAGACCACACUUGGCAAGAGAUUGCCCCAACCACACCAAAUGUCAGAGAUGCCCGACCCGGGCCCACCAUAUCCUCCUCUGUCCGCGUCUAACGGAGGAUGAGCAGGCCAGUCUACGAGAAACCUUCAACAGACUUCUCCAAGAACGCUACCAUUAA